ACACAAAAAGGACAAGUAAGAAAAAAAAAACAGAGGAUCUUGGUGUUGGGACCGAAUUGAAUUGAAAUGUUGAGUCCGUUUUCGUCACCGAGGAGAUCGAGAAGAGGAAGCAAAGAAAGCAAGAACCCUUAUUCAAAUCAAGGACUUGACAAGUUCUCUGCACUUCUAUCUGAGCUCGAUGAGAAAAGACAGAGCAUUUACGCAAAGAGGCUUGAUCCUGAUGGACCGCCUCUGGUUCGGUUUGUCUUUACUAGCUCCGGCGAGUGCGUCCCUGUCAUGAUUAAGACAAAGAAGGCAGGUCAGAAGAAGGAUGUUCAAGAUGAUUUCAAGGUCAAGAAGAAGGAUGUUCUAGAUGAUUUCAAGGUCAAGACCGAAUCAAAAACCGAGCAUGAAAUAGAAAUAAAGAAAGCAGAUUUGGAAACAGAGCAGAAACAGAGCUGUGUAUUGAACGAGAAUCUGAAGAAGAUUUCGAGACCAAACCAUUUAUUGCCCGUGACAGUAGUGUUGGUUCUAAUAUUCUUGAUGUUUUUCGGACGGACCGUCUCGGUCAUGUGCACUUGUAUCGUUUGGUACUUGGUUCCAGUGAUCAAGGAACAGAGCAGAAACAGAGGAUCAGCUUACGAGACAAAGAAGAAGAAGAAACUAAAUAUCGAAAACAGAGCUGCUCCUGAUAAAAUUCGUUUCGAGAUUUCAAAGAUGAACAAUGAGGCAAAAGAAAGAUUGGUCAAACAACUUGGCAGGAUUGGGAUGGCAUGCUUCAGUUUCUCUUUUCUCCACACAAGCUUGAGAGGUUUCGAGAAAGACCCAAACAAGCCAUUUUCAGCCGCCGUUGCUUUCUUCUCCGUCGGUUACGUCGUGUUUCAGCUCGCGGACGCGUUUGCUCAGGUUAAGAACCCUAGAUCUGCGGUUUUCGACUACAUCUCUAUCUUCUGUGGUGUCGCAGUCAUCUUCAUUGCGCUCGUAGGUAUCUUCUGCAUUAUCUUCUUCAACUAAAGGUACUGAGUCAAAACCGAGUUAUGGGGUUUAUUUCGAAAUAAGAACAAAUCUGUGAUAUGUGUUUCCCCUACUUUGAGUAAUUUCAGUUUUUUGUUGUUUGUAAUGUGUCUAUGGAUUAUGUUAUUUAUGUGUUUCUUUUUAGAGAUUUGGUAUGGAUUUUGAUGAUCUCGUUAUGGAAAGCAAGACAGAAUUAACACCGUUAUUAUGA